AUGGCACAUACAAAUUUACCAGAAAAAUUUCAAGUUGUAAUUGAAAAUGGUGAAAAUAUAUUACAAAGAGUUUAUAAUACUUAUAAAUUAUUUCAAAAUAAUAAAGUGAAGCCAUCAUUUUUCAAUGAUGAAAAGAUCUCAAAGAUUUUAAAGAAUUUGAUAGCAAAGUAUCCAGAAUUACCAGAGAACAAUGAUAAAUCAAUAACAGGAUUCGAUUUGUUGACAUCACGUGCAAAACAACAUUUAGAGGAGUUGGAGGAUCAUUAUUACACAAUCACCGAUGCAUACGAUUGGAAAGAGGCAUCAUUCAUUUUGAUGCAAGAGAUCUCCUCCAACACAGUGUCGAUCAAUUUCAACAACAACAUUCAAUUGUGCAGUAAAUUUUUAGAUGUACUCGUCCUAUAUGGUAAGAUCAACUAUUUGGUUUCAUUGAUCCCCGACAAAAAGAUCAUCACAGCCGUUUACGCCAAACUGUUCCUUUACACUCGUAGUGCAUCAGAACCCACCUUUUCCAAGAUGGGUCGUUGGAUCAACGAUAUCGAACAACCCUUCAAAAAGAUUCAAGAGGAGUUUCGUGUACUCAAUGAUGCUGUAGGUCAUGCACUCUCAUCCUUUGAAUUAACUUAUGCCAAACGUCGUGUUAUCACUCAACUUCGUAAAGAUGGUGCCCUCAAUCUCAUCCUUAAACCUGAAGAUAUCGCUCGUCCAGUUCAAGAUUCUUAUCGUAUUGAAUUAGCUUACGCUGGUCGUAUUCAACAAUGGAUCUUAUUUGGUUAUCUAUUUGCUCCAGGUACAUUAAGUACACCACAAUCAAUUGAAUUACUUAGAUUCACUUUAUCUGAAUGUUUUUAUUUAUCAGUUUUUAAAGAUAUUUCAAUUUCAAUUCAUAAUGAAUUUAAUACAUUAUUUAAAAAUUAUAAGAGUAAAACUAUAAAUUUACAAAAACAAAAAAAGAUUAUUAAAGAUGCAGCACAAGCAUCAACUCAAGAAGCACCACGUAAACAUGCAGAGAGAAGAGUUUAUAUUAGACAAGAAUUGGAAGCAAUGUGGAAUUUGUUUAGAGAUAAACCAUGUUUAUUGGCACCAAAGAUUAAUGUACUUUUAGCUGCUCUCUCCAUGGCAAAGGAAGAGAUUUUCUGGUAUUUCCGUCAUACUGAUGUUAUUCCACCAGAAAAAGUAAAGAAAUUCUAUAACAAACAAAAUGAAGUUAGAGAAAAAAGAAUUUCUUCUUUACUUUCAUUAGUUGAUCAUUUAGUUCAAUUAGUUCAUACUCAUAAAAAAAUGAUUCAAAAUUAUUAUUUAGAAUAUAUUUCAGGUGCAGAUAUUUUAGGUUUACAAAAAGUAAUUACACCACAAUUAUUACAAAAUGCAGGAUCAAUUGUUACACAAGCAGUUAAUACAAUUGUUAACGAAUUGAAAUCAUUGAAUGCCAAUGGACAAGAUUAUAGUUUUGAAGGAUUUAGAGCAAAUUGGAUGAGAUUAGGUUAUUUAUUACAAUCAAAUUCAUGUCCAUUGAAAGAGAGUGAAUCAAAACAAAUCACCAGUCGUUUGAAUUUAAUUUAUACACAUAGUAAGAAUGUUGAUUGUUUGGAUCAAUUAUUGGAUGAAUAUGGCAAUAUGACUCAGUUGUGGUCAUACAAAGAACCAUUGUUCCAUUCAUUCGAUGCUGCCAUUGUUGAUAUGACAUGUGACCAACCAUCACAUUCAAUGAUCUAUUUGAAAUUGUUAUCGCAAUUCCCUAAUCACGUCGCCAAUCAAUUCUAUCCUGAAGAGAAGGAACUCAUCGGUAAGGAGUGUGUAGAGUUGGCAAAUAGUUGUCUCACCAAGAUCACCAAUCGUAUCGUAUCGAUCAUGGCAAACACUAUCGCCUCUACUUUCCUCUCUGAUGAGCAACAAUUGGCCGAUGUCAAUGCAGCUUUCCCAUUGUUGCAAAAGAAGAAGGAUUGGAAACCACCAAAGGAUUUCGUACCACCAAUCGAACCUGCUAGUGAGUCACAAUUUAGAAAUAGAGCUAAUCUCGAGCAACUUCGUUCCGAAGAGAAGAAUGCAUUCCAACUUUGCACUGCCUUGAAUGAAUUCUUGGACAUUACAAUCUAUGAUCACAUUUUCGUACCAAGGGAAUUCCUUCGUGAGAAAUUGGGUUCUGCACUCAAGCAAUAUAUGCGUCAAUCAAUUCAACCACCCGCUCCAACCUCUUCCUCCUCCCAAAUCGAUAUCAAUAUCACUCGUCUCUCAACUUAUGAAUCUCAAUUACGUGUUUUCAUUGGUGUGUUGAUUUUGGUAGAGAAUCAUGUUGACAUUGAUAUCGGUGAUCUCAUUCGUGAGACUAUCCUCACCGAAUUUUACGCCAAGGCUUUGGGUAAGAGUGGUCGUGUCGAUUGGUUCCCAGAGGGUGAAAUUGAAAUGAAUGAAUUAACGCUCCACUCCAUCACAAGCUACUAUGUCGAUUUGGUCUCUAAAAAACUCAAUACUCCUGGUGUGGUUUUCUCUCCAGUUAAAUUGGGUUUCAUCUCAAAGGCUGGUACACCAUUCCGUGCCGAGGAACAUGCUGACCUCACUGAAAUGAGAGCACUUUGUGAUUUGGUUGGUCCAUAUGGUAUCAAGGUCAUCGAGAGGGAAAUCCUUCGUUUCAUUCUUACCACUACCACCUCAAUGAAAGAGAUCCUCUCACUCAAUGCUGCAAAUCUUGAAGAGUUUGCAUCAAAUUAUUACAAACCAAAAGCAAUGGAACUUUUAAAGAAAUUCAAAACUACAGAUUUAGAUCUCAUUGUAACCAAAUCCAUCGCCAUUGGUAAUGCCCUUCAUUUGAGAUCAAUGAUUAGAGAAUCCAUGAAAGACGUUAUCACUGAUAACUUCCCAUAUAUUAAUAAUGCCGUUGCCAAUGCUUUCGAUCAAUAUAAUCGUAACACAUUUAUGUUUCCAGACUUUUUAGGUGUUGAUACUUUGGCUUUGGAUUCGGGUUUGAACGUUGGUAUUGCCGAUCAAUACCUUAAAGUUAUCCUUAGAAAGGUCUCCUCAGAGGCUGAUAAAAGAAUUUGGGAGUUAUUACCUGUGAUGUUCUCUCUCACAUUCUAUGGUAACAUUUGGAAGGAAACUCAAUACAAAGCUACCAUCGACGCUCAUUCAAAUAAUGUACAUGUAUUAUCAAAAACUAUCAUCGAUUUACUCAUAGCAUUUGGUGCCAUCAAUUCAACCACUGGUAAUGAGGCAGAGUUAUUCCAAUCAUUUAAACGUUUCCUCGAAAUUUCCUCUGUCAAUAUCUUACGUAUGUUUAAGGGUAAACAAGGUGAAAAAUUCGUUCCAAAUGAAAUUCAAUCAGUUAUCAUCUUUUUAGAUAAAUUCACUCAACAAUGUCCAUUAUUAUCAAAAGAUUCACUCGAACAAUACAUUCCUUAUUCACUCAUCAGAAAUAUGUAUAAAGAUUUAUAUGAACAUAAAAAUCUUCAAAAACAACAAUCUGAAACUUCUGAACAAAAUUUCUAA